GAGGAGAGAAGAAGAAGUGAGAGAGUGAGCUGUAUCCUCUCGGAGGCCUGAACUGUGUGAUUCUGCUGCAGCUUCUCUCUGUCACUGCCUGACUGAUCCGAACAGAUGAUGUCAUCAGAGCACCUGACCUGUGGUUGGCUGCAGCAGCUACUCGUUGUGCUUCUGAAGCUUUGCCUCGCUUUUGCUGGGCCUUUGCGACCGCUCGACGGGACAGAAUGCACAGCCAAGGGUCCUGCUUCCUACAUCCUGGUCUUUACAGGUCACUGGAGCCCACAGGCCUUCCCCAAGCAGUAUCCGCUGUUCCGACCCCCUGCACAGUGGUCCAAACUCAUAGCGGUCAGCCAUAAUCGCCAUUUUCGGCUGUGGGAGGAGGGUGCUCCAGCCAGUGCAGGGGUGCAGCACUUCGCUGAACUCGGGGUGACGGUGGAGCUGAUGAAGGCGGCCAAGGAGGCCAGGAAGAGACGCGCGGUCGGCGCCAUGUACCGAACGGCCGGCAUCCCUAACGGCAUCGGGCACAGCUCCACGGAGUUGCUCAUGCAGCCCCGCAGCUCAUUGUUGUCCCUGAUGGUGAAGAUGAUCCCCAGCCCCGACUGGUUCGUCGGCGUGGACAGCCUAAACCUUUGCGAGGGCGGCCGGUGGAAACAGGAAGUGACCCUUGACCUCCAGCCUUAUGAUGCAGGGACAGACAGCGGGUUCACUUUCUCCUCUCCCAACUUCCCCACCAGCCCCUCGGAAAACAUCACAAAGAUCACAUCUCAGAUGCCGAACCAUCCAGCCAACUCCUUCUACUAUCCACGCUUAGAGGAGCUUCCGCCUAUUGCCAGCAUAAAGAUCACUCGACAGAGCAGAUCACCUGACCGCCAAGCCCCGAUGUCCAAUCAUAUUCUGCCUAACUCCAUCAGUCCGCAGCGUUUCUCAGCGACACCACUGGACUGUGAAGUGUCUCUCUGGUCAUCCUGGGGCUUGUGUCUGGGUCCCUGCUCCAGAGGGGGUGUCCGCCACCGCACACGUUACAUCCUCUUGCGGCCAGCCAAUGCUGGCACCCCCUGCCCUGAGCUGGAGGAACAGGCUGAAUGUGUACCACACAGCUGUAUGAGGCUUCAGUAACCCGCAGGGCGCACAAGCACAGAUACUGCCAGUACUCAACACUGGGACUCUCAUGUUAUUACUGCUGGACUAAGAGAUGUUUCUGCAUCUUGAGCAUUUCCUUGAUAAUGCAAAGGAUCUGUGUGUUUGACACGGUCAAAUUGUGGAUAUUUAAGACUUGAUGCAUUGCCUGGGCAACCUGUUAGUAUUAGAUUGUACACUGCUCUGGGUAUAUUUUAAUGGGGAAAAAAGGGAAAUUGAAGUCUGAGUGUGGACAGUUUUUAAUGUUUGAGAUAACACUUUGAAUGUGUUCAGAUAAAAAGUGACUUUUAUAAAUUGUUGUGGGUGCAGAAUAGAAAAACUGAGAGGAAGAUGCAUGACACAUGUGUCUCCUCAAACACCAGUAUAUGACACUUGUUAUGGUUUGUUUCUUCGCAACAACAUAUGCAUUUAAUCUGUACUGCUGAUAAUCUGCUGAUAGCAGCAUACCAGAAUAACAAAUCUUCGACACACACACACACAGACACACACAUGCGCACACACACACACACACACACACACACACACACUAAUGUGCACAAAGAAUUCUGCACACAAAAGUCCUUGCACAUACUGCAUACUUUUACAGGCACGGAGGCGUUGGUUCACGUAGGUAACCUAUACAUGCUUGGCACAUGUAGCUCUUUCAAAAUAACCUCACACCCCGAUUUAUAAAUAUCGCCUUUCACAAGAAACACCUAAUAGCUGACUUGAGGCUUAGAGCCAGUCUAAAGAAGCUGGCCUAUUUUCUAAUAAGAUGCAGGUUUUUAUAGAAAGAAAAAUAAUUAUUUGUAUUAUUAUCUCUUUUGAUAUUUUAAAUGUUUUUGUAUAU